AUGUCUAAAAAGAAGAACAUUCCGGUAAGAAUCGCGGUUUUAGGCGGCGAAGAAACGGGUAAAACGUCGUUUAUAUCGAGGCUGACGGUUGAUUUAGUUCACGAGUCUCACUAUCCGACCAGAGAGCAAAACAAUUGGCUUUUCACGUUCAGACCCGUGAGUGCAGUUGCAAGAGCAAUAUUAGAUGAAGAGCCGCAUAAACGAUGCCGUAUUGAAAAUGGGAGAGUUGAUGGUCCUAUUUUCGACUCUCCGGAUAUUAGCGACCACAUUUUACUACCACCUCUGGUUUUUCGAAGCAUUAUUGAGGAAUUUAGUAGUGACUAUAAAUCGAACAAUCAAGAAUCCAAAUCAUUGUCGCCAGGGAAUGCACUGUACACUUACAAAGAGAAUUCCAAUGAACUAUUAAACGUCAAAUCUUCGUCAACAAAUUCUGACUCUAAUAUCAUGAGAUCUGCGUCUCAAGCGCAAUCGAAAAUUUGGGACGAAAGUCAAAUAUUGCCCCUUGGCAGCUACAUGCCUCCUGACUAUGAACCAAUAACCAUAGAUGUGAUAGAUACGCCUGGGUUUAAGCCCGAUAUGGUUGUUCCGUUCUUGGAAGUUUCGCUUUUCCGUAAGCUAGAUCGCGACGUUUUAGGCCGCUUGGCUGACGAGCCACGCUUGCCAGUAUCGACGACAAGUAUGCUAGUGGCUUCAGGUGCUUCAGAACUCAACGGAAAAGUUGCUGGCUACGUUUAUGUAUACAGCGCAGUUCCCGAGCUGAAUCAAGGUGCUUCUCCGCCAGGAUACGAAUCUGCUUCUCUCGGUGAUAAUGUGGACACAAUUAUAGCUGAAGAGCCAGGGAAAGAAUCAAGGAAACGCUCUGUCUCGAGUGGUGACGUGGCGUGGUCAUCUUUCGACAGACGCCGAGAUGGAGGGCUUGCAUUGCUAGAGGUCAUACGAAAUUGCAUGUUGGACGCAUGGGCAGAGUUUCGAGAUUAUCAGAACCGCUGGUCGGAAGGUAAGGAAGGCGAUGUCUAUUCACUAAUGUACAGUUUGAAGCAGAUGUGGAAAUCUCAAAGCAGACGUAACGAGAAACUCAAACAAUUGAGAUCCUAUAACAGAGAUCCAAAGGAAAUUGAUUUAGACGAAGCAUCACCCAAUGCACCUCCUCCAUCAAUCAUUAUAUGCACUCAUUGUAAUGAUCAUUUGGCGAGCCCAGUGUUGAUCGAAACGGGUAAACGCAUGGCUGUUGAUUGGCGCUGCGGGUUUGUUGCUCUUGAUAGCUCUGAAAAUUAUAACGUGGAUGUUGCGUUGAGUCUGCUUCUCAGGGAGAUCUUGGAGAAGGAGAAAAUUGUCCAAGCCUUAAAACUUACCAAGAGGGGUGGCCUUAAGAAAUAA